GUACUUAGAGGUUUUAGGCAGAACCAGAGAGGAGGUUCAGUAGUACUACUGCAGCAAUCUCGAAGCUAGUUCAAACUAGUGGGAGGUUGUGUGCAGAGAAGCCGACGGUAAAUCAACCAGUACAGAAAAGAAGAAGAAGAAGUGAUCAUGGCACGAGGAAGAGUUCAGCUGAAGAGGAUUGAGAACCCGGUUCACAGGCAGGUGACCUUUUGCAAGCGCCGAGCUGGGCUCCUUAAGAAGGCUAAGGAGCUGUCUGUGCUGUGCGAUGCUGAAAUUGGUGUUCUCAUUUUCUCCGCCCAUGGAAAGCUCUAUGAACUAGCCACCAAAGGAACUAUGCAAGGGCUUGUCGAAAGGUACGUGAACUCAACCGUGGAGACUCAUCAGGCAGCAGCUGACCACGUAGCCAAAGAAAAGCAAGUUCUGGAAUCGAAAGAGGAGGUCAACAAUAUGAAGCAUGAAAUUGAAUUUCUUCAGAAGGGUCUCAGUUAUAUGUAUGGAGGGGGGAUUGGAACAAUGGCACUAGAUGAGUUGCACAUGCUUGAGAAGCAUCUCGAGAUUUGGAUCUAUCAUAUCCGCUCAGCAAAGAUGGAUAUCAUGUAUCAAGAGAUCCAAUUGUUGAAGAACAAGGAGGGGUUACUGAAAGCCGCUAACAACUAUCUCCAAGAAAAGAUAGAAGAGCACUGCGGGAUCACUAACUUUGCACCAGUGAUCAGUACUAAUCCACAACCACUAACAAUAUAUGAUGAAAUAUAUCAGUUUUAGAUAUAUUGAAUUUACAUGUUUAUGUAAGUUGAUUAUGCAUUUAGGAGGUUUGUGAAAGUGCAUAAUCAGUUGAUAUGUUUGUGGUAAUUAAUUAAGUAAGUAAGUAACCUAGCUUGUGAAAUGGGCUUGCAAUAAUUCUGAAGACAUGACCGGCCAGUACCAUGCGCUGAAUAAUUUGCUGGAUGUAUGGCGCCUGCUUUAUUAUCUUAUAUGCGCUGAAUAAUUUGCUGAAUGGUUUGUGAAGAAGUACUCUCCAUAUUUAAAUC